CUUGUUUUUUUCUCGUGAAUCUUGAUUUCAUUAGUAGACGUGAACCGUGAUUUUCCGAAAUAAUUCUCCGUGAAAUGAGAAAGAAGUAUUUAAUUCACCAUGAACCGUGAUUUUGCUUGUGUCUUCUAUUAUUUUCGACAGUAAUUAACAAUAUUGCGUGACCGUGACAGGACAAUCACUCCUUUAGUGCUUGACCUUUGUGUUCUUGUUCUUCCAUCAUUUGCGCCCUUUAUGCAACGCACCGUCCGACAAGAAACAACUAAGUACGAGGCUGCAACUCUUCCUCUCAACAUGUAUCAGACUGCACUCCCCCAGGGAGAACGGCUAGAGUUUGCACUAGAAAAGGAACAUCAAAAUGACUUUUCAAGAAAUAAAGGAGAGAAGGUGCGAUUUCAUCAAGGGAUUCUGGAGCUGAUCAGCUUUCUGAAUAUGAUGAAGACUCUUGCGACAGCGACGGAGGAGGACGAUGAAGCGGUGGAGGAAAGUAGUGCCGGCCCUUGGUUACACACAGAACAAGGAACACGGUACGUUUUCGUUUUGCUGCGCGCAGAACAAGCAGUGGACGGAUGAUAAAGGCAUCUAACAACAGAACAAGGCUGUGCUUUGGGCGUAACUUUUCAAAUAUCACAAGUUACGAAAGUUCGUGUCAAAAAAUCUCAAUUUUCUUUCGUGAAGCGUGAAAUGCCGAUUUUAUUUUCAGGGAAUUGUGAAGGGACCAAUUUAUUUUACCACCCUCUUUGAACAACCGAUCCAGAACUCAGUUUUUAGGCUUGGCUAAAUCUAUCAUAUAUAUUACUAGCUUUCGUUGGGUGAAAAACCACGAUCUCGAACCGUUUGCUAAAAAGGGGAAACGCCCGUGGAGGGUGAAGGUUCUCGCGGGUUGUUUAUAUUUACCAUUUACAAGGAGAAACCGGCUCGUCAAUGGUUUGUGCAAAUUAUGGUAAGCAAAAAUGAGUCAAAAAUGGCUGACGGUAUAAAGUUCCGAUCGGAUUGGGCAUUUGUCAUUUACUCAAAAAACCCAAUUUAACAAAAGUUCGACCAGAUCAUAAUUCCAAGACGGGGAAAUUUUCAUCUCGGAUAUUUCGAUUGGAAAUUUUGGACUACCUUUUCAAGACGUUCCGUUAAUUACUUUAAAAUUUUCCAGUCGGUCGAGCCAAAAUGAAAUUGUGUUACCAUUUACUCUCUGAUAGAAAUGUCACGUUAUCACGCGUCACACAUUUCAGGGCUUCCUGCGUCAUGUGAUCAGGUGUUGAACGCGCGUGGUAGAGGGACGGCUUCAUUGAAGGAUUUGUUUCGCUUGCUUUUCUGUCGAUUUUUGGUAAGUACCAGAACUCUUGACACUCUAAAUUGAUUAGUAAAGUGUGAAAGAAUCUGUAAAACUUCAUUUGCUUGCUGUAGUGUACUGUUCUCGUGUUUUUGCUUUCACGCGAUCGACGAACUACUUGUUGUUUCGAGAUAGCACUACAAGCUUCAUCUGUUUUCGUAUGCAUUUACAACUCGUUGCUUUCAUGGCAUGGUCAAUCUUUGAUAGUUUGUAACAAAUAAUCGUAUGAUUUCUAUAAAACAUAACUGAACGUCAAGAUUUAUUUUAUUCGGACAGUUGUGAACUUUGGUAAGAUUGUAUUGUUUACCUACCAUAUAGGACGCCAUUUUGCAUUUGAGAGUUGAAGUGUUGAGGUGAAAGUGGGACUUUUACAUAAAGAAUAUGGAAUGACUGAGGGAUCCACCAAGAGGCAAGUGAGAAUACAUGACACAUGAGUAACAUCGGCAGUGAGACUAAAACUGAUAAACAGAUGUUCCCAUGCACUGUGUGUGGCAAAAGUUUCAGGUCCAACUCAUUGCUAAAAUCACAUCUGCAGCUUCACAGUGACAAGGAGCCUUACAAGUGUGAUCAAUGUGAGAAAAGUUUCAAGAAAUUGGGAUAUUUGCGAAAACACUGGAAGGUUCACAGUGGUGAAAGACCCUACAUAUGUACCCAUUGUAAAAAAUGUUUUGGCUCGUCAUCAAAUUUGGACAGACACCUGAAGGUACAUGGCUAUGAAAAGUCUUUUAAGUGCACUCAAUGCGCAAGAUUGUUUUGGCUCUCAUCAGAACUACAAAAGCACAUGGAGGUGCAUGCUGACGGCAAUCUUCUUUUCCAGUGUUCUCAAUGCGACAAAAGUUUCAGCAAAUUGGAGCAUUUGAAAAGACACCAUAGGUCUCACAGUGGGGUCAGACCGUACCAUUGUACUCAAUGUGGAAAAAGUUUUGCCUCGUCAACAAAUUUGGCUAGUCAUCGAAGGUUACACAGUGGUGAGAUGCCUUACCAGUGCACUCAAUGUGAGAGGUCUUUUAGGCUCUCGUCACAAUUAAGUAAACACCUGGAGAUGCAUGCAGGUGGCAAAUCUUGUGAAAAACGUGUCGCAAGUCCUCGUUAUCAAUGUACUGAAUGUGGCAAAUGUUUUUCACAGACAUCAAAUUUACAAAGACAUCUAACAAGUCAUAGCAAAGACAAACCCUGCAAAUGCCCUUAUUGUGAGGAACGUUUCAAGCACUCAUCAUAUUUAAAUGUACAUCUGAAGACUCACAGUGGUGAGUUACCAUACAAAUGCACUCAGUGCAAAAGAUCCUUUAGCAAACAAUCAAGACUGGACCGACACUGUGAAGAACACACUGGUAUAAAGCAAUAUCAAUGCACCCAGUGCCAGAAAAGUUUCACUUACUCAGGAAGUUUUAAACUACAUUUGAAGACUCACAGCCAGGAGUCACUCUAUAGAUGCACUCAGACCAGCACUGUGUCAACCUCAGAUCAACACCAUGCAGUUGACGGUGGCGCAGUGCCCUACAAAUGCCCUGCAUGUGGAAAAGAUUUCAUUUACUUGCCAGAUAUGAAAAAGCAUUUUUUUAGGAUUCACACUGGUGAGAAACCUUACAAAUGCACUCAGUGCAGCAAAUGCUUUAGAAUAUUAUCAAGUCUGGACCGACACCAUGUAGCUGUACACAGUGAUGCAAAACCCUACAAAUGCCCUCAAUGUGGAAAAGGUUUCAAGUACUUGCCAAAUAGGAAAGUACAUUUGAGGAUUCACACUCGUGAGAAACCCUACAAGUGCAAUCAGUGCAGCAAAAGCUUUAAAACACUAUCAAGUUUGGAUCAACACCGUCCGGUUCACAGUGAUGUAAAGCCCUACAAAUGCCCUCAAUGUGGAAAAGGUUUCAAGUACUUGGCAAGUAUGAAAGCACAUAUGAGGAUUUACUCCUGUGAGAAGCCCUACAAAUGCACUCAUUGCAGUAAAAGCUAUAGAACAUUAUCAAGUUUGGAUCAACACCUUCCAGUUCACAGUGAUGUAAGGCCCUACAAAUGCCUUCAAUGUGGAAAGUGUUUCAAGUACUUGGCAAAUGUGAAAGUGCAUGUCAGAAUUCAUACUGGCGAGAGAGCCCACAAAUGCACUCAGUGCAGCAAAAGCUACAAAACAUUGUCAAGUCUGGACCGACAUCGUGUAGCUGUGCACACUGAUGGAAAGGCCUACCAAUGCAACCAGUGUGGCAAAUAUCUGUCUGACCCAUCGAGUUUGAAACAGCAUCUUAGGAUUCAUAGUGGUGAAAGACCCUUUCCAUGUAGUCAAUGUGACAAACGUUUUUACUCCUCUUCAAAUUUUAAGAAACACUUUAGGAAACACAGUGGUGUGAAGCCCUACAGCUGUGCUGACUGUGAUGUAAGUUUUACGCACAGAGAUAGUCUGUUACAUCAUAACAGGUCAUUUCAUGGGAACAUGCCGUACAAGUGCGACCAGUGUGGCAAGGGCUUUACCACUCCACGUGGUCGAAAGAGACACAAGUGUGACACUGACAUCUCUAAAACAUCUGGUGACGUUAGUGUGGUUGUAGUAGCAGUACUGUGACUAAGUGUUAUGUUUUGCGCAGUCUGUACAUGGGAAAGUACUACUACAAAAGAAGUUUAGAGCAGUAUUCAACAUUAAAAGUUUGCCCUGCUACUUAUGAUUGUCUUUAGUUGACAUAACGACAUUCUCAGGAACUGUGACAGAAUUUUCAGUCACCAGAAUUGGGUUUUGUUAACUGACUGAAAAUGAAAAGUUCUGCUCUCCCUUAAAACAGAGGGAAGCCUGAAAUUUGUAGUGUUGGGUGUUACAACUGAAACUGAUCCAUUUCUUUUGUUUUUUGUACGAGUAGCAAUUUUCAGGAUGUAGUUUUCUGAUACUUUCCCCUGAUUAGUCAGUUUAACUAAAAGCAUUGGGGCCAGCACUUGUGUUUGUAGUAAGUUAAAGUAAUAGUGAUUGUGUUAUUAUUUUUUGGUUCCACCAGUGAAUUAAAUAAGUUAAAAAAGUC